CUUCACCUGAACCUCCAGAGACUCCAGCUCAGUUUGCAGGAUGAGGAAGAGGUCGGAGCAGAGGGAGGACGGAGCCACACUCAUCUCCAUGGAAACCGAACCGGAUAGCAACUAUGGCAGCAUCACCACGAAUGCACCAGUUCUGCCUCCAAACAGAAACGUCUUCAGUGAUGGAUCGACUCGAAUCGAUUUUGUGCUGGUGUGGGAGGAGCCUCUGGACUCAAAGGAAGAGAGCACAGGUGUUGGCCCCGCCCACAAGAGGGAGGAGUUUCUGAAGAGACUGAGACAAUCUGGACUACUGCAGGAGCAGAAAUCUGUCCUCCAGUCAAAGACGAGGACGUCCUUUGUCCUCCUCAGCGCCCCCUGGAGCGUCCUGUGUUACUACGCCGAGGAGAUCAGUCUCCGUGUUCCUCUGCAGGUGGUCAACGCUCCCAUCGUCAACUGGUCCGAGAAGGUCCUGUCCAAGCUGUCCAUCCCCAACCCUCUGUCCCAGGAUGUCCCCAACCCCCCUCCAGACUACUACACCUGCCAGUUCAGGACCAACAAGCUGCAGAGGUUCCUGGGCAGCGAGGACAAAGACACAUUCUUCAAGACGUCCCAGAGACACCAGGUGCUCUAUGAGAUUCUGGCCAGGACUCAGUACGGAUCAGUGAAGAAAGGGGAGGUGGGAAUCGACCGACUCAUCAGUGAACAGGUCUUCACUGCUGCCUACCCCCUCCACGAGGGAGACUUCCAGCGGCCCAACCCCCCGGUGCCCCCCCAGUGUCUGGGUCUGAGGCAGAUCCUGUAUUCAUACUGGGCCCGCUGGUCCUGCUGGAGACGCUACCAGCCCCUGGACCACAUCAGGGAGUAUUUUGGAGAGAAGAUAGCGCUUUACUUUGCCUGGCUCGGUUUCUACACCGGCUGGCUGGUCCCCGCGUCUCUCGUUGGGACCGUCAUCUUCCUGGUCGGUUUUUGGCUUGUGGCGACUGAUGUUCCAGCGAAAGAAGUUUGUCAAAGUGGAGACAGAUUCAUCAUGUGUCCCAUCUGCAACAUGUGCAAACUCUGGAACUACUCCAGCAUCUGUGUCACCUACAAGGCUGGUCUCCUGUUUGACAACGGAGGGACAGUGUUUCUCAGUGUCUUCAUGUCUCUGUGGGCCGUCACCUUCCUGGAGUACUGGAAGAGGACAUGUUCUGCUCUGUCUCACCGCUGGGACUGCUCCGAGUUCCAGGAAAUAGAGGAACGACCUCGUCCAGAAUUCACCGCCAUGGCUCCGAUGACGGUGAGGAACCCAGUGACCGGAGCUGAAGAACCUUACUUCCCUGAAAAAAAGCGGUUCAACCGGACCCUGACUGGCUGCACGAUCAUCGUCGUCAUGGUAACAGUGGUGCUGAUGUUUCUCAUCGCCAUCAUUUUGUAUCGAACAAUCCUCAGCAUCGUCAUCUACAAGUCUACCAACAUCGAAUUGUUAUAUGCCGGGAGGAUCGCCAGUCUCUCAGGAUCAGUGUUGAACCUGGUGGUCAUUCUCAUGUUGUCCAGAGUUUACAUUGCACUGGCCCACAUCCUCACCCGCUGGGAGAUGCAUCGAACUCAGACUCAGUACGAGGACAUGUUCAUCCUCAAGGUCUUCAUCUUCCAGUUUGUCAACUUCUACUCGUCUCCGAUUUACAUCGCUUUCUUCAAAGGAAGGUUUAUUGGUUACCCUGGAAAAUACAACACUCUGUUCGGAGUCCGUAAUGAAGAUUGUGGGGCUGGCGGGUGUCUCAUUGAACUGGCUCAGGAGCUGCUGGUCAUCAUGGUGGGAAAACAGCUGAUCAACAACAUCCAGGAGUUCAUCUCCCCGAAGGUGAAGACGUGGUGGCAGAAGAGGAAACUGAGUCCUCAGGUAAAGAAGAAGAAGGAGGAGGAGGAGGAGGAGGAGGAGGGAGGAGAAGAGGUCCAAAGGAAAGCGGGGGGGCAGGAGGAGGUUUUUCCCUGGGAGGCCGACUACCAGCUACUGGUCUGUGAGGGACUCUUCAGUGAAUACCUGGAGAUGGUGCUCCAGUUCGGCUUCAUCACCAUCUUCGUGGCAGCGUGUCCUCUCGCUCCUCUCUUUGCUCUCAUCAACAACUGGGUGGAGAUCCGACUGGAUGCCCAGAAGUUUGUGACCGAGUACCGCCGCCCUGUAGUGGAGCGAGCUCAGGACAUCGGCAUCUGGUUUUCCAUCCUGCAGUUCAUCACUCACAUGGCCGUCCUCAGCAACGCCUUCCUCAUAGCGUUCACCUCAUCCUUCGUGCCUCGUCUCUACUACCGCUACACCAGAGACAGCACUCUGAGCGGCUACACCAACUUCACCCUGGCAACGUCCCCACUCAGCUACAGCCCGCAACACAACAACACCUCCUGCAGGUAUCGAGGUUUCCGCAAUGAAAAUGGCGAAUUACUGCCAGAGUACUUUCACCUCCUGGCUAUACGACUCAGUUUCAUCAUCAUCUUUGAGCACGUCGUCUUCUUCAUCGGCCGUCUGAUAGACAUGAUGGUUCCUGACAUCCCAGAGGAGGUGCAGAUGAAGAUGAAGAGGGAGCACUACAUGGCUAAAGAGGCUCUGGCUGAGAACCAGUCUUUGGGGAAAACCAUGAUUCCUGUUGACAGUGAUGUCGUGUCCGGUGACGUCCGAAGGCGAGGAACCAAGAUCCCACCACCACAGAGUGACUCUCCUCCACCAAACCUGAAGGAGAUCCCAGAGGACACCGUCCCACCAGACACUUACUAAGAGGAUUCCUUUGAUUCAGGGCUCUGUUGGUGACGAAUGUCUCUAGAAAAGCUGCAGCUUCGUCCCAAAGGCCUUGAUGUUUGCCAACAGUUGGUUCACCAUCUUAUCUGGAAGCAGCAGACCUUUGAUGCUAACUUUCUUUUUUCUACUUGACGUAGCCGUGACAGUUGAAGGGUCAAAGCAGAUUUUAUUCGGACAUUUAAGUGUCGGCUGCAUCCACUUUCAAAGCUGUUUGUCGUGAUGGUUCCUCCCAUCAAGAGUACCAGCAUCACACAUCCUGGCCUGUAAUGGUUUGUUCCAUUUGUACUUGGAAGUAUGAAUUUACAAGUUCCCAGUUAGAACUGUCAACUAUAACAUCCCGAAGUCGGAUUUCCUGCUCAGAAAGUCGUAGAAUCCUCACUACGUCUGAGUAGUUUCCAAGAUGGCCGCCCCAAGAUCCUUUAAUAUUCUGUUUAUUAGCUCUUCUGAUUAGUUGUUGUUGCAUUAAGUUAUUUUUCCACAUACAUGUGUUAAAAUGCUGUUCUAGUGUAAUUUAAGUGUUUCAUGUGUUAUAUAUAUAAAACAACAUCCUGGUAAAACCAGAACAGAGACAAACUGGGACUAAUGGUGGAUUUUAUCUGCUAUUAAAACCUUUGAAUAUUUUUAUAGAUUUCUGCCUCGUGUGGUCUCGUAGAUUCAUAACUGAAAUAAUUCUAGUAAAAACUCAUGAGUUGGUUCCAGUUCUGUUUAUUUACAACUAAAUAUCCUAAACUUAGCUUCAAAUUAUACUAAAAAUAGUUAAUAUUAAGAUUUUAAUUUCAUCAUCGUCAUCAUCCUCCUCUUCUUCUUUUUCUUCUUCUUCCUCUUCUUCUUUGAGCUUUAAUGGUAGUUGACAGACAUCUAAAGAUGCUGCCACCAUGAGUUGAGAAAAGGAACUGCAUGCUCCAUUUGUGCUCUGGCCCAAUACAACAUAUCUUGGACAAAAAGAGGGGUCUGGACUUGGGACUUUGGACUUUGGACACGUCUGCACACCUCUACAACGUCUGAGAGUUCUUUGCUAGAAAUAAGAACCACAAGACUUCACAAGAAGUCCUCAAGACCAACUAGAUUUCAACAAGGUGUUCACAAGAGACCGUCCCCUCUCCUAGAUGUGUACAGAUACAGAAGACGUGAAGGAGCUGCAGACAUCUUGUAGGCUAAAAGAACUUAAAAUGGUUGAGAUGACGUUCUACAAACCAAAAGAUCUUCACAUCAUGGGUUAGAUACUUAACUGGAGGCCUGGAGGUGAUGAUGACUGCACGGGUCCUCCAGGGCUCUGCAAAGAAAAUGUCUCUUGAGAUGAAUUAACGUCAGUGUUUUCUGUAAAAAGAUAAAUGUAUAUCUUAAAUAAAUAAACACUUUUGUUUUUA